AUGCUGUACGAAGGCCUAAGAUUGCGUUUUACUCAAUCCAACGGUUGAAGAGGCCACAUGUAGUGGUACUCCAGUUACCGUCGGAUACUCCGUUAUCAAUAUCAACAUCUUCAAAUAUUCCAAAUCAUUUCAAUCAAUUCAAAGUCCCAAAUUAGACUCCAAAAUCUUCCUCUGCGUGUCUCAAUGCAUCUCCAUACUCAAUCUCUAACCGCUUGCUUUCCUCUUUCUCAAUUCACUAUCCCCAAACCCAUAACCAAACUCCAAUUUGCUCCUCCUAAGCAAAACCCAUUUCGACAAUUAUCGUUAAAAUGCUCACUUUCCACAGUUUCAGAGCCUGCCCAUCUGGAAUCCUCCAUCGACAAGCCGUUUCCUGCUGAAGUUUCGAGAACAAUCAUGGAGUUGUCUUCAGUUGGCACUCUCUCUACUUUGACCAGCGAGAGUUGGCCCCUAGGAGUUGGUGUUCGGUUUGCCGUGGACGAUGAUGGGACGCCUGUUUUGUGUUUGAGUGAUCGCCACAGUCAGUUCUCCGUGGACAAGAGGUCCAGCCUUCAUGUUCAGUUGGAACAGUGUGGAAUGCGGACUCAGCAGUGCACAAUUCAAGGCAGCCUGCAGAAGCCAGACGACGGGAAGGUUUUGAAGUGGCAACAAUCACUGUGGAAAAAGAGAUUUGGAGAAGAAGUGGAUGAUGAGCUCAUAUAUGUUAUUGCUGUGGAACGGGUACUUCAAAUGGAAGAUUUUAUGGAGGAUGGUGUAUGGGUCUCUUCAUCAGAUUAUAAGAAUGCAAUCCCUGAUCCACUCAGAGGGUCUGCAGAAGCAAUUGUUAAUGAGAUAAAUGACAAGAACAUUGAAGAUGUUCACCGCUUUUGCAACAUAUACGUUGAUUUGGAUUUCCAGGUGACGGAAGCAAAGAUGAUAUGGGUUGAUAGGCUUGGGUUGGACAUACGUGUGUACAGUCCGGAGAGAGGGGUUUUUGAUGUUAGAAUUCCGUUCCCAAGAGAAGUGACGGAUGAAAAAGGGGCCAAGUCAUCAUUCAACGGCAUGUCGCAGCUUGCUUGGGAGGUCGAGAGAAAUUAUCGUCUCCCUGAUUUUAACAAGGUCACACAAUUGAAGCGUAUAACUUAUAGGGGAUUGUAAACAUUUUUUGAGAAUUCUGUUAAUUUCAAUUUCAUUUAGUUCAGUGUUUCCUUUUUCUUUAUAAAAAAAAUUGAUUUGUAUGUAUUACUAAAGAAAGAGUUAAAGGUGAGUUUAAGGUUAAAUUGGAAA